GUCAAGUCAAUUGUCACGUAAAAUAAACACCGCUGCGCAGUUGAGUACCUACCAAGCCAACUAGGUAUUGAUUUUAUUAGUCUCAAACCAAGAUAAUAUUUUUGUAUUCCUUAUUGUGAUUAACCCAGUGAAUUUACAAAUCCUUGAAUCUCGCCAUGUGAAAGUCUUUUUACUUUAGACAGUCAUGUCCACGAAUGGAAAUGGUGGUACGUAUGCACCGCUAAAGCAGCUUGUGUCAGAUUCCGACUCCGAAGACGAUCAGAAAUUGCAAAAUGCAGUUCAUAUUAAAGCCUCUGAUAGUUGCAAUAAUGUUGAUUACAAUAGCGGCCUUCAAUCUUCAAAAAAUUAUAGUAUGAGCGAUAUGGAUGAUUACAAUACCAAUCUCAACACCAUGGAGAGCACUAUGGAUAACGUAAGCUUCUUACAAUCCGAUGCCUCUAAUAAAAUGUCAUUCCCGCGCCGAUGCGCCUUUGGCGCUUCGAUUUUUCUUUGCCUCUUUACUGUUGUUAUAUUUUUAUGGGGAAUACCAUGCUCGGAUGUAGGCAGCUGUGCAAAUAAAGAAUGGCAAGAUAAAAGUACAAGCUGGGAAGUACCUUACGAUGAAAUCGAGUUAUCCGGCGCAGUUCAAGUAGUUGAUGGUGCAAUACCUAAUACAAAAAACCUUAUAUUUAUUUACCGAGGCAACCACAUGAAAAACAAUCAAAAUAACAAUGACAAUGUGAAUGGAGUUUUGUUAAUAGUAGGCAAUACAGGAAAAGUUGGGUGGUACACAAGGGAGACUAGGAUUCCUACAGAAAUCAAUUGUAAUAUACUUGAUGUCAAUAAUGAUAAGCAGAAUGAUUGUAUAGUCUCAGGUACUGAAGGAUUGCUUGCAGCCUUGAAUCCAUUGUCAGGAACAUAUUAUUGGUAUAUUCAUAAGCAAGGAAAAGUAUUUAGUAAUAUAGCAGCAAUUGACUUCCCUAUGGUCGUUGAAGAUAUGGAUAAGGAUAAAGUAAAUGAUCUCCUGACAGUUGCAACCGUUUAUCCAAACACUAAUCAUAAUUCACUCCUCAUAAUUUCUGGUGCCACAGGUAAUAUUAUAGGAGAUCCAAUGAUCAUUGAUAAUUGUCUCUCUGUCAAACUUCUGAAUGAAACUGCUAAUAUUACUUAUCUAUGCAAGAAUGGCACAUCAGUGGCUGUUAGACAAAUAUAUCCAGAACUCUAUAAAAAGCUUUUAAAAUUCGAUCGCACCACAAAUGAGACCCCUUCUGCAUCCUCAACCUCCAAGAGACUAAAUUUAAGCUUGAAAAAUAAUAUUGGAAACACAAAGCAAGUGUAUACGAAUGGCGCUGGUAAGUUAAGAGUAGAGAAUUAUGGUGAAUGCCCAACUUCCUGUAAAGUGAGUUUGAAGCUGAUUCUCGAACGCAAUGGUACAACAAAUGUGAGCUGGGAGUACACAGCCAAUCAUGUCUAUGCAAUGAGGCCUAGUUUGUUUGCAUUCCCAAACUCGAUUCAAGGAUUUGUUUUAAAAUUAUGACAGUGGAACAGUGCACACCUGGCAAAGGGUGCACUUAAAAUUGACGAAAUAAGAUACAAUGUGCAGAAUUCAAGCCCGAAGAAUACUUAUGACAAAUUUUACUAUCGCCCCUCUAUCAACAUUGCGUCAAUAUCGUCAUUCAUUAAAUACGACAACUUUGUAGCUCACGAUAUUUCCGAGAGAAUUGUACUAGUUGCGUUUGAUAAAUUGCAAACUUAUAUUCAUGUGAAUGUUAGUCAAACGGACAUACUUCAGAUAUGUGUGCGUGGACAGAUAAACUCCAACAUUCCAUUGCCCACUUGCCAACCUGAUUUAGAAUACCAAGAACAGUCUCUCACCAUUGCUGAUUUAGAUGGCGAUCAAUCACACGAAUUAAUAUCUUAUUACAGUACAUUUGUUGCUCCAGAGAAUUAUGGGGUGAAGAAAUCGGAUCCAUAUGAUAAUUGGCACUUAUCUUCGACUGUAAGAGUAAUUCGCCUCGAAACAGAGUUGCCCAAACUAUUUGUUGCUGAAAGUUAAACAUUAUCUAUGAAAGCUUGCUGCUGUAUGUAGCUUAUGUGUGUGAUAAAUUUCUAGUCAUUUC